CUUCCCGGGGCAUGCCCUCCAGCUCGUACCGCGAUAUGCCAGGUGGCUUCCUGUUUGAAGGGCUCUCUGAUGAUGAGGAUGACUUUCACCCAAGCGCCAGGUCCACGCCCUCGAGCAGCACACCCAGCUCCCGCCCAGCUUCCCUGGGGUACAGUGGAGCUGCCGGGCCCCGGCCUAUCACCCAGAGCGAGCUGGCCACUGCCCUGGCCCUGGCCAGCACUCCGGAGAGCAGCUCUCACACGCCAACUCCUGGCACCCAGGGCCAUUCCUCAGGGACCUCCCCAGUGUCAUCCGGCGUCCAGUCAGGGACGCCCAUCACCAAUGAUCUCUUCAGCCAAGCUCUACAGCAUGCACUGCAGGCCUCCGGGCAGCCCAGCCUUCAGGAACAGCUGGGGCGUGGCAGUGUGACAGGAGAGGAUGCUCCCAGCAAGGGCAGUUGUCCCUGUGGCUUCCGCUCCUGCCCCCAGUGA